CCCGGUUUCUCCGAGUCAGUUCCGUCAGUCAUGGAGCGGCGGUUUUCAGCCGCGACAGUCAUCGAGCUCACGCCACCAGCCCUUGCAACGCGGGACGUCCGAGCCAGCUUAGUUUGCAGAAGACUCACCCAGGAGGAAAAACUGUUCGCGCCACCACCGGAGUCUGCGAUCUUCGCAACCACCAGCAGCAACAGCGGCGGAGUCGUCUCGCGCGGCUGGGCGCAGUGACUGACGGCGCGAACCCAGGAAUUCUGCCGCGUGCCUGCAUUAGGAAUCACCCACGUUCGCCGCGGCUAGCGUGCUCCCUUUCUCUUUCUCUCUCCCUUCUUCCACGCCCGCAAUGCUCCAGUCAUGAAACGUGUACGCACCGAACAGAUUCAGAUGGCUGUUUCCUGCUAUGUCAAGCGCAGGCAGUACGUAGACUCAGAAGGUCCUCUGAAACAAGGGUUGCGCUUAUGCCACACAGCCGAAGAAAUGGCAGCUAAUCUAACAGUACAAUCUGAAUCGGGUUGUACAAAUGUGAUUUCUGCUGCGCCCUGCUUAGCAGAGCCCCAACAAUAUGAAGUACAGUUUGGGCGGUUGCGGAACUUUCUAACAGAUUCAGAUUCCCAGCAUAGCCAGGAAGUGAUGCCUCUCCUGUACCCUCUCUUUGUCUACCUCCAUCUCAACAUGGUCCAAAAUGGCCUAAAGAGCACAAUGGACAGUUUCUACAGUCGCUUCCAUGGGAUGUUCUUACAGAAUGCCAGCCAGAAAGACAUCAUUGAACAGUUACAAACUACAUUAACAAUUCAAGACAUCCUGUCCAACUUCAAGCUUCGGGCAUUUCUGGACAAUAAGUAUGUGAUCCGCCUUCAGGAAGACAGCUACAACUUCCUCCUCCGCUACCUCCAGAGCGAUAAUAACAGUGCUCUCUGCAAAGUCCUAUCCUUGCACAUUCACCUAGAUGUGCAGCCUGCCAAGAGAGUGGACUACCAGCUCUAUGCUAGUGGUGGCUCUUCACGCAGUGAGAGCAAUGGCCUAGAACCCACUGACAUGCCUGCUUCCAUCCUGCAGAAUGAGGCAGCCUUGGACCUCUUGCAAGAUAGCAUUAAAAGAGUCAAAGAUGGGCCACCAUCCCUUACUACCAUAUGUUUCUAUGCAUUCUAUAAUACUGAACAGUUGCUGAACACAGCAGAGAUCUCGCCAAAUAGCAAGCUGCUGGCUGCUGGUUUUGACAAUUCCUGUGUAAAGCUGUGGAGCUUGCGGCCCAAGAAGCUGAAAUCUGAGCCUCAUUUAGUAGAUAUUUCCCGAAUCCACUUGGCCUGUGAUAUCUUGGAUGAAGAGGCUGAAGAUGAUGAUGAUGUAGGAACUGAAAUGAAGUUAUUAAGAGGGCACUCUGGACCAGUGUAUAGCACAAGUUUUUUGUCAGACAGUUCAGGAUUGCUGUCAUGCUCUGAAGAUACAACUAUCAGAUACUGGGAUCUUGGAUGUUUUACAAACACUGUCUUGUACCAAGGACAUGCUUAUCCGGUGUGGGACCUGGACAUCAGCCCUUGCAGUUUGUACUUUGCUAGUGCUUCUCAUGACCGUACAGCAAGACUCUGGUCAUUUGAUCGGACGUAUCCCCUACGGAUAUACGCGGGCCAUUUAGCAGAUGUCGACUGCAUCAAAUUUCAUCCAAAUUCUAACUACUUGGCAACAGGAUCUACAGACAAAACAGUGCGCCUCUGGAGUACCCAGCAAGGAAACACAGUACGUCUGUUUACAGGUCACCGGGGUCCUGUCCUGUCCCUUGCUUUUUCUCCCAAUGGUAAGUACUUGGCCUCGGCAGGUGAAGACCAGCGCUUAAAACUGUGGGACUUGGCAUCUGGAACUCUUUACAAAGAACUGCGGGGGCAUACAGAUAAUAUCACCAGCCUUACUUUUAGUCCAGAUAGUAGUUUGAUUGCUUCUGCAUCAAUGGACAACUCUGUUCGGGUUUGGGAUAUUCGAAACACUUACUGCAAUGCUCCUGUAGACGGCUCUUCCAGCGAGCUAGUUGGAGUAUAUACUGGACAGAUCAAUAAUGUACUGAGUGUACAGUUUAUGGCCUGUAACCUUCUUUUAGUGACUGGAAUUGCACAAGAGAAUCAGGAACAUUAGCCUUUUUGAAAAUGGGACAGAUGUUAUUGAAAACUAGAGUCUAUUAUAAACUGAGAUUAUAUAUAAUUGACUGUGAAUUUUUCCCUCUCCCUUUGUUAGACAUCCAGAAUGAUGGAAUUACUGUAUUUGAAAGUAUCUUUUAUUUUUGUAAAAAUGAUAGGAAGGGAAAGCAAUAGAAGAAUUUCACCGUAGUUCUACAUUAGUGCAAAGUUAGGAAGCAAUGUAAUAAAAUGAACAGCCCAGAAUAUUUUGGUACAGUAUAGGGGUAGUCCAAAACCUGGUCCAAACAAGUAAAAUCAUCACUGGAGCAUUUGCACUUAAAUAUCCUGCAUUGAUGGGAACAUCCUACCUAUUUCUACUAGAGACUUGUCAAAAUAACAGUUAUGUAGUACAGGUGACAUCACCUUGGGUAGAAAAAUAUAUUCUGUUCUGAGGAUGUUCCCAAAUAUAUAACAUUUCAGUAAUGUUUAAAAUAACACUGAAGGGCAAUUUCCCAACUCGGCAUAAAAUAUGCUUCAUUAGAUCUAAAUAAAAAAAACCCUUCCCAUCCAUGGAUGUUUGGAUCCAACAUAAGAGAACCUGAUGGGUGAAAAGGCUGUUUUCCACUGCAAUCUCCUGUGAUGUCCCAGAAAGUUUCCCAACCUUCUGCAGUGGAUUUUUGAGAGAGUAGAAGGGGAUUAAAGAGGAAAGAAAGGAUUUUUGAGAGAGUAGAAGGGGAUUAAAGAGGAAAGAUAUAUAUAUAUAUAUAUAUAUAUAUAUAUAUGGCAGUUGUCACUACCAAAUAUAUAAAAUGGUUUUAAUUCUUUAUAUGGACCACAGCAUUUGUAGCUAUUCCUAGAUCAAAAAUUUGGGGUUUUCUCUCAUCUGUUUGCACUGUGAUGAUGACAUAAAAUACUAGAAGAUUAAUCGGUGAAAUAAUACAUUAGCUGUGGAAGGAACCAGCAAAACAUGGCCAAAUGUAUUGUAGCACAUUUCAACUCCAUGUAGAAAAGACAAUUCCUCUCUUCAGAAACAUUAUUUGCAGACAAUACGAACAAAGAUAUCCAGGGAAUGGAAACUAGUAUCACUAAAUCAUUAAGUAUUAGAAGAUGCAGCUUUGUCAAUAUGUGAUGUUUUCCACUGAAAUAAACAUUUCAGUAAAUUUUCAUAUACAAGUGUCAGCAUGCAAAAUGGAGCGGGAGGUGGGAACAGCAACUUUAAUUUCUUCAUUCUAAGAGAAGAUCAAAUAUUUCUGCUUUUGGGAAAAAAGAUUUUGUAUUUUUUUAAUUAAAAUGUUUAGUUUAAAGAGAAAAGUUUGGCAUCUGUAUGGAAUUCAGAUUUUAUGAAGUAGAUAAAAUCUAACUUUGUCACAUGGGUAAGGAUCUUUUUGUAUCUUGUCCAUGUCAGUCUAACAAAUAUACAAAAAUAAUCUCUUCAGAGUUCUGUACCAUUUUGCAAAUCGUUUUUUUUUAAACUAAAAACAUUUUUGUAUACAACUUUCCCUAACAUAUUUUUUACACAUCUUGUAUGCCUCAUUUCCUCAAAUAUAUUAAUUUUUGUAUAUGUCUUUUUCAGCCAAAAAUACUUUAAGCCAGAUGUUGGCAGGCUCUGAAUUUUAUGUCUGUUCACAUUGUGGACUCUAUGUUGAUGGAUUACAUAACUUUGCUUGAAAAUAAAUCCAUGACAGGUUUCUCUUACCCAUA